AUGCUGCGCAUGCCACUGGGAGACGGCGCCCUGCUGCCUUGCCGCCUCUCGCCGCAGCCCUGCUUCCUCAAGGACUGGGAGCUUCACGUCCACUUCAAGAUCCAUGGAGCCGGCAAGAAGAACCUCCAUGGGGACGGCAUCGCCCUGUGGUACACGCGGGAGCGCCUGAUGCCAGGUCCUGUCUUUGGCAGCACAGAUUACUUUCAUGGAUUGGCUAUUUUUCUGGAUACGUAUCCCAACGAUGAAGCAACAGAGCGUGUCUUCCCAUACAUCUCUGCUAUGGUGAAUAACGGCUCCCUGAGUUAUGAUCAUAGUAAGGAUGGACGCUGGACGGAAUUGGCAGGAUGUACCGCCGACCUUCGGAACCAGAAUCAUGACACUUUUCUGGCAAUUCGCUACUCCAGAGGUCGGCUGACGGUGAUGACAGAUGUGGAAGACAAGAAUGAAUGGAAGAACUGCAUUGACAUUGCAGGGGUCCGACUGCCUACUGGCUACUUCUUUGGGGCUUCUUCUGGCACUGGAGAUCUGUCUGACAAUCAUGACAUUAUCUCGAUGAAGCUAUUCCAGCUCAUGGUGGAGCACCCUCCAGAAGAUGAGAACAUUGACUGGACCAAGAUCGAGCCUAGUGUCAGCCUCCUUAAGUCACCCAAAGAUAAUGUGGAUGACCCGACAGGUAAUUUCCGAAGUGGGCCUCUGACUGGAUGGAAGGUGUUCCUGCUCCUGCUCUGUGCACUGCUGGGCAUCAUUGUGUGUGCUGUGGUGGGAGCUGUAGUCUUCCAGAAACGCCAGGAGCGGAACAAGCGUUUUUACUAGUGGAAGAACUGGGCUGUGGCCCAUGCCCAAACUGAUUUUUUUUUUUUUCUAGAGGGAGCUGUAAAAACUGGUUUCUAAAAGCUGUUUCUGAGAAAUAU